ACAUAAUCAACGCUGGAAAACGGUUCAUAAACAUCGCGUUCUCUCUUCGGCUCGACACUCGUGCUGGUAGCAACCGCUGUUGUUUCGAGUGGAGCGCCGUUUGCUGCCUUGUGCUUGUUGCCGUAAUUUGUGUCCCGUGCCGUGACUCCCGUCCCGUCCUCUCCUGUCCGACGGGAGUCUGUAGCGCAGUCUUCGCUGCGCAGGAGGUUCUUCCCGCUCCGCCGCGCGGCGCCUUCCACCAUGGCCCGUCAUUUCCUCGCGGUUCAGCUCGCGCUGCUCGUCACAGUCUCACACUCCUCCGCCGCCGCCGCCGCCGCGUCCGCCCCUCCCACGCCGCCGCCCGCUUCGUUCUUCCCCUUUCCCAUUUCCUUCGGAUCCAUGGGCGGAAAGCCUUUCUUCGCCGGCACGCAUACACCGCAGAAGCCGCCGCCAGCGGCGGCGCCGCGUACGGGAAAGCCUUGGAAUCGGCGAACGGGAGUUGCGGCGGCGUGCAGCGAGUCGAGUCUGAGCGGCUUCACGUCAUCGAAAACGCUCACGCCGGGCCUGGUUCUCCACUGGAAGGCCACGUCAGGGACGACCGUAAAUAUGGCGCUGCAAGCCACGUCAGCCGCCGUUUCGGGCGGGUGGUUCGGCGUCGGCUGGUCGUCGGCCGGCAAGAUGUACCCGUCCGACUGCGUCAUCGCGAAUAGCGAGCUCUACGGGGCUAUUAACGCGUACACCAUAGGGGACUACUCGCCAACGAGCAUCAUCCCCUUUGCGUCCUUCUCGCUCGGCUCGUCGCCCGCGUUAUCCGGCGGCGUCGCCACCUUCUCCCGGACGGUGGGCACGGGCGACAAGAUAUCAUUCGUGAGCGGCCCCAUGAAGACCAUCUGGGCCUACUCCGACGGCCCUUCCACCGCCCUAGACGGCCACGCUGGCCACCGCGGCACCGUCACCAUCGACUACUCCUGCGACGCCACUGCCACCCCUUCCCCGCCCCCCCCUCCCCCCCACGCCCUCUCCCCCGCCCCCCCGGGUUUCCACCCCCCCCCCGCCUCCAGUUUCCGCCUCCCACCCCCCACCUUCGACCACCCCCACCCCCUCCCCUCCGCCGCCCGCGUCGUUUCCACCUGUUGGUGCGGCGUGCCCGGCGUCAUCUCUUGCCAGGUUUCGCCUAUCAAGUGGAGCUCAACGGACCGCUUGGUGAUGGGGCUGUGAGUGGUGAUGGGGCCCUCUAUUUCCUCGGUUGGCCCUCUAUUUCCUCGGUUGGCCCUCUAUUUCCUCGGUUGGCCCUCUAUUUCCUCGGUUGCCCUUCUAUUUCCUCGGUUGGCCCUCUAUUUCCUCGGUUGGCCCCUAUUUCCUCGGUUGGCCCUCUAUUUCCUCGGUUGGCCCUCUAUUUCCUCGGUUGGCCCUCUAUUUCCUCGGUUGGCCCUCUAUUUCCUUGGUUGGCCCUCUAUUUUCUCGGUUGGCCCUCUAUUUCCUCGGUUGGCCCUCUAUUCCCUCGGUUGGCCCUCUAUUUCCUCGGUUGGCCCUCUAUUUCCUCGGUUGGCCCUCUAUUUCCUCGGUUGGCCCUCUAUUUCCUUUCUCCCUCUCCCUGCCGCCCCCCUUCCCCCCACACUCCACCCUCAGCAUCCUCCUGCACUGGACCGUCACCAGCCGCACCACCAUCAGAUUCACAAUCGAAGCUCGCAGCACAGCCCAGCCAACUUUUUUGUCCCU